CACUUUAUGUUGAUGUAAAGAUGUUAACCGUAUGAAAUGCAUAUACAAAAUAAUUUCCUAGAAAGUAUUUCCUCUGCUAUGACUUCGAAAAUACACAGGCUCUCCAGAAGUAAUUUACAAAUCGUCAACAAGGUUUGACAGGUAUCAACAAGGUUUGACAGGACAUUCUACAAUAAGAAGUGAACAGCACAGAGAUUAUCACAGUUAAUUCAGCAAGGCGAUGAAGGUCUCAGCCAGGAGCUUAGUGCAGGCCCUUAUAAAUGCCUCAGAGAAGGGGGCCCGCAUUGCUCGGGUCAUCAGAGCCGAAUCCGCUCUCUUAGAAUUACUGGUGCAGGAGAAGAAAGGGGACCAGAAAAACUACCGCUUUGUUCAAGAUUUCAAAACACUGGCAGAUGUUCUGGUUCAGGAGACAGUCAGGCAUGAUUUGAGUGAACAGUUUCCAGGAAUUGGGGAUAGUAUUUAUGGAGAAGAGAGCAACAAGUUUACCAAUGUUUUGGGGGAGUCCAUUUCUGUCCGAUUACUGAAGGAUCAGGAAGCAACAGCUCAGCUCCUAUGUUCAGUAUUGGAUGACAACAUGGCCGCUGCUAGCACACUUGCCAGAGUGGCACAUGAACAAGUCCUAGUGGACGUUGGACCGAGGCUAGAAGAUGUUAGUGUAGACCUCGAUCUGGAUGACCUUGGAGUAUGGAUAGAUCCAAUAGAUUCAACAGCACAGUAUAUUAAUGGCCAGUGUGGGGUUCUUGACAAAGCUGGUCUGAUUUCUUGUGGCCUCCAGUGUGUGGUGGUGCUGAUAGGGGUUUACAGUCAGUCCUCUGGUCUCCCCCUCAUUGGAGUCUGUAACCGUCCAUUUGCAGACAGUAAUGGAGACAAAUGGAAAGGGGACCUGAUGUGGGGUGUUGCAAUCAAUGAAUGCAGAGUUUUCUCCCUUCCACAUGAAAAUACUUACAACUUCAACAAGCACAAUCUGGCGGUCCUAAUGAGUCAGAGUGAAAAGGCUGAUGUUCAAAAGACUUUCCUGGCAUCAGGGUCUGUCCAUCAUGCAGCUGGUGCAGGCUACAAGCUUCUCUGUGUAAAUCAGGGUCUUGCAGAUGCUUAUGUUCUGUCUAAAAGCAGUACAUUUUUCUGGGAUGUUUGUGCACCACAUGCAAUCCUUCUUGCUCAGAAGGGUGGAGUCAUUAGUUACAAGAGUUUAUGUGACUUCAAAGAUGAUCCCUCAUCUUGUGCAGAGUUAAGCUUGAACCAUCAGAUUGUUUAUCACCAUGACAACAAUCGUGGUAGUGGAGCACAGAAAUUUUGUAACCAGGAGGGCAUUGUUGCUUAUGGUUCGUUAGAGGCAUUAAAAGCUAUCAUCCAAGCUGUUAGAGGUGUCUAAUUUGACUGUGUUAACGUGUGCAAUUUUAUGUCGUUAGAAUAUAUUUUUUAAAAAACUAUAUGUUACACUUAUCUGUAUUAAUUUUUUUUUCUCUUAAAUAUGUCUCUUUGUAUUUCUUGCUUUGUAUGAUAAACCAUAAAGAAUACUUUUUGA